UUUUUUUUUAGAUUUUAUGAUGGUGAAUUUCCCGGAGCCGUUGGUUGUUUGAUACCAGAGCGACAAAGUCAAACCUCUUCCCUCCCUCCCCCCAAUCCUUCUCUAUUUCUCCUUCGUUGCGUCCUCUCUUUUGCUCUCUUCUUCUCACUCCCAAAAACGAACGAACAAGAUUGAGCCUUUUAUUUUGGGAUGUCCAAACAAGAUGUCCGCCAUCGUAUAUCGCUUUCGGGCUAAAAUUCUCCUGAUUUGGAACGUUUCAUUGCCUCGGGUCUCUCUUUCUUAUUUUUGUAUGGUAGGAUCGUUGUUUCGAAACCAUUUCGCGUGAGUCGGAUUUCAGGACGCCUCCAGUUGAGUUAGCAACAAUCAGUUUGCAAAAGAAUAGGAGAAAAUCAGGCUACUUGAAAAACAUUGUGCCACGUUGACCUUACAUUGUGCCAUAGAGGAUCCUAAGAAGAGUGAACAAAUAGUGCCAAGAAUACAGGAUGUCAUCCAACCUGGUAAAAGACCCACACGCUUCGUCCAGUAGAACCGAACGAAAUGAAACACCAGCCACAUUACAAGAAGAGACUCCGCAAACUAAUGCGCCAAAUGAAACCACUUCAGCUGUUGAGGGAGUAAAAGAACCAGUUUAUCCAGGAAGUAAGCUUUUCUGGGUUAACAUUGGAAGCCAAAACACUCCCCAAUAUUUGCACCUUUCUCACGAUCUUGCAAAAAAAGAUAAAAGUGCACAAGAGAACAAGAGACAAAUCUUUGAUGGGUUCUACAACUGCGAUGUUCCAGUUGCCAUCUUAAAAAUAGAAACGAUCCGUAGCGAUACAACCCGAAAAGAAUUAGAGCGAGAACGUCGAGUAUUGACAGAAUUGGAGGUCCACGAAAAUUUUAUCCGAUAUAUUGCUCACGAAUGGGACAAGGAUUUCGAGUACAUUGCAACAGAACGCUGUCUGUGUUCUGUGGCAGAUCUUCUAGAUCAAGACCUCAUGAAGGAAGUUCCAAUGAAAAAUGAAAUUCUUGAGGAGUUAGGAGCGAAAGAAAUCUUGCGACAGGCAACAAGAGGGCUCGAUUACUUGCACCAAAACAACUUUGUCCAUCGAAACAUAAAGCCCAAUAAUUUUCUCAUUAAGGAAAUUAAUCAAACAGGUGACAGCUCUCAUCGAUUUGUGGUUAAAAUAACAGAUUUUCGCCUUACUAGAAAGCGUGAUUCUUCUGAGAAACUUUUAUCGGGAUCUGCCGCAUCACAAGGAUGGGAGGCACCGGAAAGCCGAAAUGUGGAAAAAGUUCUCAGCAAAAAAUUGGAUGUCUUUAUCCUUGGUUGUUUCUAUCACUAUGUGCUUAAGUCCAAACAUCCAUUCGGGGACAACGCAAAUUCUCGCCAAACAAACAUUUGCGAUCCAAAUUAUUCAGUCUAUAAAGGAAACCUUCCAUUCGUUCCCAAUAAGAACGACAACGACGAGGUCGAGUUGGAAAAGCUUAUAAAGUCGAUGUUGAAGUUCGAAGAAAUCAAACGCCCAGCAUUAGAAAAAGUUCUUGCAAAUGCUUAUUUCGCGCCCAUCAAUGACUACAACAUAUACAGUCAUGAUAAACCGGGUCUUUGUGUAAUCGUCAACCAGGAAAAUUUCGAAGAUAGUGAGCUACAUUGCUCCCGUUAUGGGAGUAGUAAAGACCGAGAUACGUUGGAGGAUAUCUUUAAAAAGCUUGGUUUCAACAUUGAAGUACACAAGAAUCUAAGUUCAUUUGAUUUGAAAUCUGAAAUCAACAGUCUGGCCACAAGAAAUUUCAAGGAUUAUGGUUGCCUUGUUGUAUGUCUUAUGUCUCAUGGAAUUGAGAACGCAAUUGUAUGCUACGACGGCAGAUUCGUUAACACAAAUGAAUUAAAAUACGAGUUCUCUUUGAAUAAUUGCCCCACUCUCUAUGGCAAACCCAAAAUCUUCAUCGUUCAGACUUGUCAAGGACUCCUGGAACAGAGCAAAACGGGAAUUGCUCCUAUCGCCAAUCCACCGACCAUCUUUUCAAGGCUGCGCUCCCUUCCUCGUGUCGGUUACGCGCAUAUGAUGGGUCGAUUGGAAACGCCUUCUUCAGUUAACUUAGCUAAGAAGGACACCCCCAACUAUACCGAAGAACAGAUAAAAGAAAUGAAAAUUUUGGACGACGCUCGCAGGAAUCCUCAAAUUAUGGAUUUCCUAACAAUCAAAGCAACUGGACCUGGUUUCGUAUCCUACCGAGAAAGUGGAGGUUCUUGGUUCAUUCAAGCUCUCUGUCAGGCUUUGUCUGAUGAAUAUUUGAAGAGUACAUCACAAAAGGAUCUUGUGAACUUACUAACAAGUGUUCAGGAAAACAUCAAUGGUUUUGCUGUGGGUCAGAGGGUUGAUCAAACAAUGCAAUGGGAAGCAUGCCUAACUAAAUACAUUAGAUUUUGCAGAGCUAAUACCGAAGGCACUGUUAUUGAAUUCACUGCUGAGUAACUGAAAAGACAAUUCUGCAUGUAUGAUAUCCAAUACUAAUCGAUGGACGAUGGGAGAUCCAAAUUGUUGUUGAUUACGUGUGCCAAGUAUUCCAUAUAUAGCUUGUAGAUCAGUUUUUAUUUUUAGUUGUUUAUUAGAACUAGUUCUUUUCAAUACACUGCACAUCUUGAACAAAAA